GAUACUGCCAGAGUUUUGAUGACACACUGAACUCAGCAACGCCAGAUUCCUCACACCGGGAGAGGAGAGCGACCAGAGCCAUGGGGAAGACAGGUGGCAGAGCCGACUUUGAGUGGGUCUACACCGACCAGCCGCACACCGCCCGCAGGAAGGAAAUCCUGGCCAAAUAUCCAGAAAUCAAGACCCUGAUGGGUCCAGACCCCCAGCUGAAGUGGGUUGUGUCCGGCUUGGUUCUGAUCCAACUUGUCGCCUGCUACCUGGUCCACGACCUCUCCUGGAAGUGGGUCUUCUUCUGGGCCUACGGCUUUGGCGGGUGCAUCAACCACUCACUGACUCUGGCCAUUCAUGACAUUUCUCACAACGUGGCUUUCGGGAACAAGCUUGCGAAGUGGAACCGCUGGUUCGCCAUGUGGGCCAACUUGCCCAUCGGGCUUCCCUACUCCGCCUCCUUCAAGAAGUACCACAUCGACCACCACCGGUACCUGGGCGGCGACCAGCUGGAUGUGGACAUCCCAACAGACUGGGAGGGAUGGUUCUUCUGCACGCCGGCUAGGAAGGUCCUCUGGCUCUUUCUGCAGCCGUUUUUCUACGCCUUGAGGCCGCUGGUGGUCAACCCCAAACCGGUGGGUCCGAUGGAGAUCCAGAACACAGUGGUGCAGCUCCUAGCAGACGCCGUCAUCUUCUACUUCUGGGGGGUAAAGCCGAUUGUUUACCUCAUUGCUGGAUCUAUUUUGUGCCUGGGGAUCCAUCCGUUCUCUGGACACUUCAUAGCGGAGCAUUACAUGUUUCUGAAGGGACACGAGACGUAUUCGUACUACGGGCCGCUGAACUUCCUCACCUUCAAUGUUGGAUACCACAUGGAGCACCAUGACUUCCCCAGCAUACCUGGCAGUAAACUACCUCAGGUGAAAAAGAUCGCAGCGGAGUAUUACGACUCGCUGCCGCAGCACAACUCCUGGUUCCAGGUGCUGUGGGACUUUGUGUUCGACGAAAACAUCAGCCCUUACGCCAGAAUCAAGCGGGAGUACAAGCUAAGCAAGCUGGAAUAGAUUACUAGUGAUAUUUAUACAGAAAAGUUAAAUAAAACUGUUAUACUGCUACUUGCACUGCAAAAACACAAAAUCCUACAGCGCAUUUUAGUCC